CUCAUUCUCAUUCUCUUGGUCUUGGGGUUCAGCAAGGAAGUCAUCAUGGUGCUUUGGACACCCUUGCUCUUUCUGGCAUUCAUGGCUACAACUUCAAUUGCCUCAAUGGACAAACAGACAUACAUAAUUCACAUGGACAAGACCAAAAUCACUGCAUCAGAUCAUACUCUAGGCAAUGCCAAACCAUGGUACGAAUUGAUGAUGGACUCGAUGCAUGAAAUUUUAUCUCAAGAGGAAGAAGAUAUGUCACCCCUUGAGCUUCUUUAUAUCUAUAAAACCUCCAUUUCUGGUUUUGCUGCCCAACUUUCCACAAAACAGGUCCAAUCCUUGAAAAGACUCAAUGGCUUUCUCUCCGCCACUCCUGAUGAAAUGCUAAGUCUUCAUAUCACUCAUACCCCUCAGUUUCUUGGCCUACAUCUUGGCGAAGGACUUUGGAAUGCUCCCACAUUGGCUUCUGAUGUGAUAAUAGGCAUUGUGGAUACAGGAAUCUGGCCAGAACAUGUUAGUUUCAAGGACUCAAGCAUUUCCCAAGUGCCCUCUCGUUGGAAAGGCACUUGUGAGGAAGGCACAAAGUUCUCAGUUGCAAAUUGCAACAAGAAACUAAUAGGUGCAAGGGCCUUUUACAAAGGGUACGAGACCAUUGUUGGAAGAAUCAAUGAGACAAUGGAUUACAGAUCCCCUAGAGAUUUCAAUGGGCAUGGGACACACACUGCCUCAACUGCUGCUGGAAAUCUUGUGCACAAUGCAAACUUUUUAGGCAUGGCAAAGGGUUUGGCUAGUGGUAUGAGCUAUACUUCAAGAAUUGCAGCAUAUAAAGCAUGCUGGCGAAGAGGCUGUACUAAUUCAGAUCUAUUGGCAGCCAUAGAUCGUGCAGUAGCUGAUGGAGUCGAUGUGCUGUCACUCUCUUUAGGAGGUUUCUCCAAGCCAUAUUAUAGUGAUAAUAUUGCAAUAGCCACAUUUGGGGCAGUCCAGAAUGGGGUUUUUGUUUCUUGUUCUGCAGGCAAUUCAGGACCUUUUAGUUCGUCCGUUAGCAAUGCUGCACCGUGGAUCAUGACCGUCGCUGCAAGCUAUAUUGACAGAAGCUUUCCAACAACAGUGAAGCUUGGGAAUGGGAAAACUUUUGAAGGGUCAUCUUUAUAUUCUGGCAAGCGGACAAAGCAACUACCACUUGUAUAUGCAAGCACUGCAGGUGGGCAAUUAGCACAGUUUUGUAUAAAUGAUUCCCUAGUGCCAAAGCUUGUGAAGGGAAAGAUUGUUGCUUGUGAGCAAGGAAUAAACAGCCGGGCGGAAAAGGAAGAGCAAGUAAAAAAUGCAGGAGGGGCUGGAAUGCUAUUGCUUAAUGCUGAAAUUUAUGGCGAGGAGCUGCUUGCUGACUCUCACACUUUGCCAGCCACUUCUUUAGGAGCUUCUGCAGGAAAAGCCAUCAAGAACUAUGUGCGCUUGAACAAAAAUCCAACAGCUUCAAUUCUGUUCAGAGGGACAGUUUAUGGCAAUAUUGCACCAGUAAUGGCAGCAUUUUCAUCUAGAGGACCAAGUUUGGUUGGACGGGAUGUGAUCAAGCCGGAUAUAACUGCACCAGGUGUGAACAUAUUGGCUGCUUGGCCAGCCAAGACUAUCCCAUCCUUACUCAAGAAUGAUAAAAGAAGUAUACUGUUCAAUAUAAUUUCAGGUACCUCAAUGUCUUGUCCUCAUGUUAGUGGCUUAGCUGCACUUCUUAAAUCUAUACACAAAGAUUGGUCACCUGCAGCUAUCAAAUCUGCUUUAAUGACCACUGCUUAUGUACUAAACAGCAAAAGGGCUCCAAUAGCAGAUAUUGCUUCUAAUAGCUCUAAGGCUGCCACACCUUUCGCAUUUGGCUCAGGCCAUGUUAACCCAAAAUGUGCAUCUGAUCCAGGUCUGAUCUAUGAUAUCACAUCUGAGGACUACCUAAAUUAUUUGUGCAGCCUAAAUUAUAACUCUACUCAGAUAGCUUUACUAUCAAGGGGGAAUUUCACUUGUCCUAACAAUGCAUUUCUUCAGCCUGGUGACUUAAACUACCCUUCUUUUGCUGUGCUGUUGGAUCAAAAUGCCUCGAACACUAGUGUGACAUACAAGAGGACAGUGACAAAUGUUGGGACCCCAAUGAGUACUUAUGUGGUGCAAGUGGAUGAACCUAACGGAGUAUCAGUGACCGUUGAGCCUAAGUGUUUGAAGUUUGAAAAUUUGGGUGAGAAAUUGAGUUACAAUGUGAGGUUCAAUGCAUUGCGAAGAACAAAAUCUUCGAGUAAUUUCUCUUUCGGGUCUUUAGUUUGGAUGUCUGAAUUUUAUACUGUUAGAAGUCCAAUAGCAGUAACUUGGCAAUAAUUUGAAGUUAGUGCAGGUUUUUAAGUUGGGACCUUGAAGUAUUUUGAAGAAGAAAGGAGGAGUGCUUCUGUGAAAUUCACGAAAAGUUUUUAUUUAUGUAUUGAAAUUCCAAGUUCAUGUUAUGUAUUUAGUGCAAUAGGAAUACGCGUUUAAUUGAAAAAUGAUUCAAUGUCCCAGUAAGGAGCUGAAUCAGUUCCUGAUGAAUACUUUUCAAGGGUUGACUA